AUGGUGGGCGACGAUGACCAUGCUUGCUUCCUUCCCUCUCUCGCCUGUUCGAUUGCUGGGUGGAGUUGUGGAUGCUUCAUAAUAAGUUACAGAAGCCUCGAGGGCUCCAGCUUCAACCCUUCAAAGAAUUGGAAACACGGAUUCAGCCCCAAAAAUACGGUACCGACUUUUCCGAGUCCGUGGACACUGCAUAUCUACCUUGUAUGUGAUUACCUACACUGUUGUGGAAAGCCUCUCAUACAUAAAUAA